AUGUCUCCACCUCCAGUUAGUGUUAGUUUUGCUGAAGAAAGCGAUGAAGAGAGCAUCAAGCUUGAUCUCGGCGGAGGCGAUUCGUUGGCAGGCUCCUGUGGCACACAUAAGCAGGACCAAGACGAAGAUGGAUAUAGCUCAAUGUACUUUCAGCGUGAAGGGCUUGAGUAUAUGACACCGAUUUUGUUUGAAGACGGUAUGGAUUUUGUUGAGUGCAGUUUUUAUUAUUUGUGUCGAAAGUCGCAGGAUUCUGGAGGAGUACUUUAUAGGGAGCGUAGACGCUGCCAACCAAGAGCGACCACAGAACAAUUGACUCAUAUGGAUAACGCCCAGCCUUCGCCUUGUAUUCGCAGACCGUUUCGAUUUCACAGCUUUCCUUCUUUGGUUACUGACAUUCAAGCUCGACGCUGCUCCUUCAGUGGGAUACCUGACCUCGGGAACAACAAUUCAGAUUCACAACUCAUUCGAUCAAACUCGAUGCGCAGUCUACGUGACCAAGUAGCCCGGGUUUCUUUUGAAGAAUAUGUUCAGGUUGUAACUAUUCGCGCUGCACACGAUUAUCCAGAGGAUGUGCGAUCAGGGCUGUGGAUAUCGCGAGAAGAAAUGGCAAAAGUCGCUGAACUAGCCGUUCCAAAGAGAGAUUCCACUUGCUGGCGCAUGGGCCAUGAAGUCGCGCCAGGUUCUGGACUCGUGGAAAUUUUGCUUGUGAGCAAUGUUGUGGUCAAUACUGUUACCAAGGCGGAAGGGAAUGAUGGUACUGCAGGAGUUACUCCUGAGAUUGGCCGUCGCGUGGGAUGA